AGUUUUCAAUUCAACUAGGCAUUUCGGAACGUAACCGCGCGCCGACUCGCUCGCUCUGAUAGAAAGAGAUGUCAUAGUUCCUUCUCUUCUUUCACCUGCAUUUUGCCAAUAAUUUUGUUUCAUUCAGUCAAUUCUCGUCUUUUGCCAUUGGUGGUUGUGGCAAGUUUUUGUGGAAAUUUAUUGAAAGAAAUUUUUGAAUAACAAUAAAAGAAAAAAUAAUUAUCUCACCAUGGCUGAAACGGAAAUAAUAUCAAAUAGUAGUGAAAAUAAUGAUCAAUUUUUUGAAGGUGUUGAAAAACUUAUAGAAAUAUGGUUCACGCCGGCUAAAAAUGCAGAUUUAAGAAAGAUCACUCGCCAACAAUGGGAGAAUGUGUUGAAGAUAGUCCGCUGCGAGAUCAUCUCUUUCACACAGAGCGAGCAAGUCGAUGCAUAUGUACUUAGCGAGAGCAGCAUGUUCGUGUCGCGUCGUCGUUGGAUCCUGAAGACUUGCGGGACAACGACGCCGCUGCGGUGCGUGCGCGCCGUGCUGACGCUCGCACGCGACGUCGCCGGCCACGCGUGCGUGCAUAACGUGUUCUACUCGCGGCGGGAGUUUGCCCGACCCGCAGCGCAGCUCUCGCCUCACGACAACUUCGACACCGAGGUGGAAUUGCUUGAUUCGUUCUUCGGCGACGGCCGCGCUUAUAUCAUGGGGCCUGAGAAAGAUUGCUGGUACUUAUACACGCUGCUGCCACUCGAAGGUACAGUUGACGCCCUGGAGAAAGAACAGCGCGAGGUGGGCAACGGCUGCGACAUGUCGGAACCCGACCAGACCAUAGAGAUACUGAUGUCGGACCUGGACCCUGAGGUCAUGGAUAUAUUUACGCGCGCUGCCUCCGAAGAUGCGGCACAUGCCACGCGGAAAUCGGGCAUUGACAAAAUCAUUCCAGGGAUGGUCAUAGACGACUUCCUAUUUGAUCCAUGCGGCUACUCUAUGAACGGAGUUGCCAAAGACGGCUGCUACAUGACGAUCCACAUAACGCCGGAGCCGACAUGCUCGUACGUGUCGUUCGAGUCGAACGUGCCGCUGUCGAGCUACGACGAGGUGAUCGCGCGCGUGCUGCAAGCGUUCCGCCCGGCCAAGUUCGUGCUCACCGUCUUCGCUACGCCGGACUCGCCGGCGGCGGAGGCCCCGCGGCGGCUGACCAAGUUCUCGUCGCUGGGCUCGUUCGAGCAGAAGGAGGCGCAGUACUGCCGCUUCUCCGGGUACGAGCUGCACUACGCCCUCUACUGCAAGUUCCCGAGCUGAGUGGCGGCCCCCCCGCGGCCGCCGGCGGCCCCGCGCC